AUGGCUGAGACAUUUGAAUUCCAGGCCGAAAUCUCCCAACUCCUUUCCUUGAUCAUCAACACGGUCUACUCAAACAAGGAAAUCUUCCUCCGAGAGUUGAUCUCCAAUGCAUCUGAUGCCUUGGACAAAAUCCGCUACAUUUCUCUGUCAGAUCCGUCUGCACUCGAGCAUGAGAAGGACCUGAGGAUAGAUAUCAUCCCUGACAAGGAGGCCAAGACACUCACAAUUCGUGAUACUGGUAUUGGUUUCACCAAGUCCGACCUUGUUAACAACCUUGGUACCAUCGCCAGAUCUGGUACCAAGCAGUUCAUGGAGGCCCUCUCUGCUGGUGCCGAUAUUUCCAUGAUUGGUCAAUUCGGUGUUGGUUUUUACUCUGCCUAUCUUGUCGCUGACAAGGUAGAGGUUAUCACCAAGUCAAACGAUGACGAACAAUACAUUUGGGAGUCUGCCGCUGGUGGUUCUUUCACAAUUAAGAACGAUACCGACGGUCCUCGCAUUGGCCGUGGUACCAAGAUCGUCUUGCACAUCAAGGACGGUCUCCUAGAAUACCUGGAGGAGGCUAAGAUCAAGGAGAUUGUAAAGAAGCACUCCGAGUUCAUCUCUUACCCCAUUUACCUCCAUGUUACCAAGGAGGUCGAGAGGGAGGUUCCUGAUGAGGAUGAGGAAGAGUCCAAGGUUGAGGAUGACGACAAGAAGCCUAAGAUCGAAGAGGUUGAUGAGGAUGACGAGAAGAAAGAGAAAAAAACCAAGAAGAUUAAGGAAAUGAAAGAGGAGGAGGAAGAGCUUAACAAGACUAAGCCUAUCUGGACCCGCAACCCCUCUGACAUCACCAGUGAGGAGUAUGCUGCCUUCUACAAAUCCCUUUCAAACGACUGGGAAGACCAUCUUGCGGUUAAGCACUUCUCUGUUGAGGGUCAGCUCGAGUUCCGCGCAAUCCUCUUCGUUCCUAAGCGUGCUCCUUUCGAUCUCUUCGAGACUAAGAGGACUAAGAACAACAUCAAGCUCUACGUUCGCCGCGUAUUCAUCACUGACGACUGCACUGACUUGAUCCCCGAAUGGCUUGGAUUCGUCAAGGGUGUUGUUGAUUCUGAGGAUCUCCCACUCAACUUGUCUCGUGAGACACUCCAGCAGAACAAGAUCAUGAAGGUCAUCAAGAAGAACCUUGUGAAGAAGACCCUCGAGAUGUUCAAUGAGAUUGCCGAGGACCGUGAACAAUUCGACAAGUUCUACACUGCUUUCAGCAAGAACAUCAAGCUCGGAAUCCACGAAGAUUCCCAGAACCGCCCCAUGCUUGCUAAGCUCCUUCGCUUUCACUCGACCAAGUCUGGUGAUGAGAUCACCUCAUUGGCUGACUACGUCACUCGCAUGCCUGAGCACCAGAAGCAGAUGUACUACAUCACUGGUGAAUCACUUAAGGCUGUCACCAACUCUCCGUUCUUGGAUGCUCUCAAGGCCAAGGACUUCGAGGUUCUUUUCUUGGUUGACCCCAUUGACGAGUACGCCAUGACUCAGCUUAAGGAGUUCGAUGGUAAGAAGUUGGUGGACAUCACCAAAGACUUCGAGCUUGAGGAGACCGAGGAGGAGAAGAAGCAGCGUGAGGAGGAAGAGAAGGCCUUCGAAGGUUUGGCCAAGACUCUUAAGGAGGUCCUCGGCGAGAAGGUUGAGAAGGUUGUCGUCUCACACAAGUUGGUCGACGCACCCGCUGCUAUCCGUACUGGUCAGUUCGGUUGGUCAGCCAACAUGGAGCGUAUCAUGAAGUCCCAGGCUCUGCGUGACACCUCUAUGAGUUCAUACAUGGCUUCUAAGAAGACCUUUGAGAUCUCACCCAAGUCCCCCAUUGUCAAAGCUUUGAAAGAGAAGGCUGAGGAGGAAGGCGCCUCUAAGGCUGUCGCAAGCAUUGCCACUCUCUUGUUUGAGACCGCUCUUUUGACUUCUGGAUUCACUUUGGAUGAACCCAACGCUUUUGCCCAGCGUGUCAACCGCCUCAUCGCUCUUGGUCUGCAGAUUGAGGAGAAGGAGGAUGAUGUUCCUGCAGCUGCUGCCCCAGCCACCGAGACUCCUGCGGCUGUCACUGAGAGCUCAAUGGAGGAGGUUGACUAA